AGUCACGUUUGAACGCUUCCACCAGUAUCAACGAAGUGGCAGGAAUUCUGACAGAACUGGAAACAACUUUAAAUUGUUUAUCGAAGCUUUCACAUGAUGAACAAAACCAACAGCCAGACAUUUUGUUACGUUUUUCCCGUCCUGGACAUACAUCAGUGGAUGCUAUUGCACGAUUCAACAUGCUUCAUUACAUUCAUCAACCAAGCCCCUCAGGCCCGUUGGGUGUACAGUGCGGCAAGCGAUGCACAAUCCUCCCGAGAUCGAUUCAUUGCAAUCAUUCGUGUCCGGAUCGUUGCGGUUGCAUUUAUGCAAAACUGGACUAUGCGUUACAGAUAGCAACAGAACGGCAGGAACAGCUAACGCCGGAUGAAUUGCUGGAAGAUCCCACAAGGCAAGUGACUGAUGUAGGACAGCAGCAGCAGAUUAGCAAUCAAUUCGUAACGAAAUACAUGCACUGUAAGGUACACGUGUAUCAAGGACGGAUUUUUGCUGGAUUUCUUGACGCUGAACAGUGUAACGUUAAACUAACGGUUCUGUUUGAAAGCUACGAAAUGGCGCUAUCGACUAUUCCCAAUACACUGUCACCGUGCUGGAAUGAAACAGUGGAGUUUCAGAAUGUACCAUUUACCAUGUCAAGCGUAGCAAUGGACGAAUUAGGCCAGAAAUGUACCAUUUUGUUCAACUUUCAAUGGGAUGAAAACGAAAUGGUAAGGAACGCAAUCGGCUGGUUGGAAACAUCAGUAACAUUAUCGGAAGCAGAAGAAAUAGAUAUCAACGAUGAAACAAGCCGUAUCGAUAGAUCAGCUGCAUCAAAGAUCUGUCGGAAUAGACAGAGUGAAGAUUUACAAACACUUCAAAUUUCGCUACAAUGGAUUCCACUUUUUUACAAAGGAACAAGGAUAGCGGAAAUUUUAGUUUCAAGCAAUAUAGCAGAGAUUCCCUCUGCCCUAGAGAGAGACGUACAAACUGAAGUGGAACGAUUGCUUGUACAUGGUUUACCACCGGAAAUAGCUCCACGCUUGACCACAUAUAGAAUUCGUGUACGUUUUGUUGGUCUAAGGCAAAUGCAGAAACCUUCGAAGGGCAAAAUACAAAAAUCACGAAUUUUACUAACACUUGGAGAUGCGAGCAUUAUGAGCGGAGUUUCAAGAAUUGCUUACGGAAAUAGUGUUAAUUUCCCAGAAGCAUAUGAAAAUUGUUCUGUGCGUCUCCCAGUAAAUACUAACUAUUGGCCCUUGAUGACUAUCAAGCAUGUUGAUUUUACUGAUGAAAAGCGCCUGAAAACAAUAGGGAAUGCAAUCGUAAAUGCUUCAGAACUGCUUGUAGAAAGCUCUAUAAAACCUGAAUCUUUCAGUGAAAGCUCAACAAUUAUUGAUGUAGAUCAGGAAGAAAAUGUGACUCUACUUCCAACGGAUCUACUGAAUAGAAAUAUCAACUGGACCAACGUUCGUGACAUGAUAAAGAAACAGGUGGAAGGCUUGAACUUGACCAGUAAACCCACAACGGAACAAUGUUCCGAAAAUGUGGAACUCACAUGGUGGUCAAAGUUUUACAAUAAUCAACUUCCUCAAAAUGAUCAAAAAUAUUCUCUUAAGAUUUACGCUAAAGAGUUGGAAAGUUUAGCCGAGUUUGAGGGAUUCAAAGAUUGGAGCGGAAGUUAUAAUCUUCAAAAAAAGAAACAUCAGAAGACAAAAGCGUUUGCGACACAGAAGUAUGGUGCCGUUAAAUGUCAUAUUCAAAUCAGUUCGCUAGUGAAGUCUUCAACGCAACCGUUUGUGCCAAAAGAGACCAUACUGCCCACAAUGUCGAAUCCCGUGGAAAUAGUAGUUGUUGUAUACGUUGUGCAAGCCUUAAAUCUUUCAUCGCGUGAUCUUAUGUCCGAAUCGGACGCUUACAUUGUACUAUCGUACGGUAACCAGCGUGUACGGGAUCGAGCUUUUUAUAUCCCCAAUCAGGCAUCUCCUGUGUUUGGUAGACGAUUUGAAAUGCGUGGCAUUUUGCCUAGAGAUCAAAUGCUACAUCUUUCGGUAUAUGACAGAGACUUUGCUUCCUCGGAUGAUCUUAUUGGCAGUACGUCCAUCGAUAUUGAGGAUCGGUUUUGGAGCAAACAUUUGCCAUCGUUUGGAUUGCCGAGCAAGUUCACAACCAAAGGUUGCAACAAAUGGCGCCACCAGCUGAAAGCAUCCGAAAUGUUGAUACGGCUAUGCCAGCAGCAUGGGAUAGCGAAACCUCACAUAAAGGGUAACAGGAUCUCUAUUGGAGGUCAACCAUUUGAUGCUGACGUGCUGGACGCUAAUGAAUGUCAAACGGAGCAAUUGUGCCUGCUGGCGCUAAAUAAUUUCCAUCACGUUGCCAACGGGUUUUCCCUAACGCCCGAACACGUGGAAACGCGCUCAUUGUAUCAUCCCAAGCGCGGUGGCCUUGAACAGGGUAAGGUUCAACUCUGGAUCGAGCUGUACGAAUCUAAUCAACCGCAUCCGCUACCACUUGACAUUACACCUCAGCCACCGAAACCUUAUGAACUGCGGCUGAUCGUUUGGAAUACGGCCGACGUGAUGCUAAACGAGCGUAACAUUUUCGGUACGGAGAUGAGUGAUAUCUACGUGAAGUGCUGGCUGCAGGAGUUCACGGAAGCUCAGUACACGGACGUUCAUUAUCGGUCGCUAACCGGUGAAGGAAACUUUAACUGGCGCAUGGUAUUUCCUUUCCAUUACUCACCCGCCGAUGGGAUGCUAGUGCUGCGUCGCCGAAAAGCUUUCUACGAGCAAUUCGAUACCGAGCUCAAGUAUCCACCGUCGCUGACCGUACAGAUUUGGGAUAAUGAUUCAUUUUCGGCAGAUGAUUUUCUCGGCACGAUGGAUCUCAACCUUGCGCAGUUGCCUGUCCCGGCAAGUACGGCCGAUGCGUGUAAAUUUACCGAAAGCCUAUCAUUAACAGGAUACGGAAGCAGUGCAGGUGGUUCUUUGAAUCUGUUUGUUGAGCGUCGUGUUAGAGGAUGGUUCCCGGUACAUGGCAAACGCACGUCCAACAUUGAUGCAAGCGAUCGUCGACAACCUGCUGGUGGUGUAUCGCUGACGGGCAAAAUCGAACUGGAACUGGAGAUUCUUAGCGAAGAAGAUGCUGCGGAGAAUCCGGUUGGAGUUGGUCGAAAACCACCGCAGCAUCUUCCUGAGCCCCUUCGUCCGGAAGUAUCUUUCCACUGGUUACGGCAGCCGGCAAAAACAUUCAACAAGCUGUUGUGGCCCCGUAUACGAAAAUCGUUCAUCUGGAUCGGUACAGUGAUUUUGCUGUGUUUGCUCAUUUACGGAUUGGUGAUAAAUGUGCCAACGGUUUUCAUGGUUCGAUCGCUAGAACAGAGACGCUCAUCCGAAAGUAUGUCUUCCGAAGGAUAGCUGUCCGUGUUGUGUGAAUAUUUUGUAAUUUUUUCUCCUUAUUAAUUAUUAUUAGCAAUGUUUGUAUAUCGUAAAAUAAAACUAUUAUGUUUGCUUUA